CGCUCACGCGACCGGUUGCCUGCCCCCCCUUUUUUUCCCUUCCUAUGGUGGCGGCUCCUCACGUGGCACGCCAGCAGCCGCUCAACCCGAGGUACCUUUCUGCACAGAGGUACGUGCUUGGCAGGCAGGCAUCCCCAACAAAUCCGCCUUCAGUUGGGUCUCGUGGGUGCUUCUCCCUGACUUUGCCAGGCGACGCGGGAAGGACACGAGACGACUGCCUGAGUUCUUCAGCUGCCGGGGUCACAGACGCGGUCCAUGGUUCCUGCUGCUGUUUAGGUUCCGAUGAGAUAAAAGUAGUGCGUCUCGCUCUCGACGUUCAUCCGUCUGCGAACCGCAGCUCGGUCACACCGCACUCGACACACUGAGAAAGACCCUCUCGCUCAUAUCUCACAACGGCGCUUUUGCCUCUCUGUGUUCACAGCCAGCUAGACAAGAGUCUGACUGUUAACACCAAGAUCCUCCCUCCUCAGGCAAGUGAGAAAUAUCGCCGCCACCACCAGCGGCAGAACUGCAGCUUGCCCAUACGGCACUCGCACCAACCUCCAUCCAUCACGCCCUCCCCCCUUGGGCCGGCCGAUCAGCUUGUCUCCUCACUCGCCCCCUCCCUGUCGACUGAUUUCUGGAAUACGCAUCAAUCAUGAGGGACCCUUUUUUCAUCGCGCCAAUCCCUUGGCUCACAGGCUUGGUUGAGCCAUGGUGCCAGCGCCUCGGCCUUCCUACGCUCCCGCUGCACGUCCACGAGGUCCUCGCCGCCGCCCUCCUAUACUCGGUAAUCUUCUGGCCCCUCUCGCCCAUCAUCUCCAGUAUGCUCGCCCCGCGUCACUAUGCCAAGCUGCCGCGCAAGAGGCGCCUCAAUUGGGAUGCCCAUGUCGUCUCCAUGUUCCAGAGCGUUCUCAUCAAUGGCCUCGCCAUCUGGGUCUUGUUGGCCGACGAUGAGCGCCGCUCCAUGGACUGGGAGGAGCGCGUAUGGGGAUAUACGGGGGCUGCAGGCAUGAUUCAGGCACUGGCUGCCGGCUACUUUGUUUGGGAUCUUUUCGUCACCAGCUUGAACCUUGAUGUCUUUGGCUUGGGCACCCUGGCCCACGCCAUCGCAGCACUGCUCGUCUAUGCCCUCGGCUUCCGGCCCUUCGUCAACUACUAUGGCUGCAUCUUCAUCUUGUGGGAGCUUUCUACUCCCUUCCUCAAUGUUCACUGGUUCAUGGACAAGCUUGACAUGACGGGCACUCGCGCCCAGCUUUACAACGGCUUUCUCCUGCUCUUCAGCUUUUUUUCCUGCCGCCUCCUCUAUGGCACCUACCAGUCCUUGCUUGCCUUCCGCGACAUCUUGGCCGCCAUCAAUAGCCACCCGAACCCCGGACCUCGUGCCAGCCCUGUCAUGGCCUUCGCCAACGACGACUCCACUGUCCCCUAUUGGCUUGCAGCCGUCUAUCUCGCCAGCAACCUCACACUCAACGGCCUCAACUUUUAUUGGUUCGUCAUGAUGAUCAAGGCCGUACGGAAGCGCUUCGAACCAGGAAAGCAGCCUAUCACCGAGGUCGAGGUGGAUCUUGCCUCCGUCGCGUCCGGAGUCUCGAGCGAUCGCAAGACUCAACCCCAGCGACGUAGAGGUUGAAAAUCUGCUGGUGCCAAGCGUUAAAGGAUGCCUCCGAGAAGGCUCGACUAUAAUUAUGCGUCUUCCAUUGCCCAAUAGAGGAGCGCGAGGGAUUACAAAGCCAAGCCUUUGUCUCGCCAAGGAACAGAGAGGCUUGCCAUUGUGUCGCGCAAGGUUGUGCGCCCGGCGUCCUCGGAUGAUGUUGCUGAUGAGCCAAGUGGUUCCAUCGCCAGAAAGUUAGAGUCCUGGCGUCUCAGACUACAUGCAUCUACUACUAGACUACUGAUUAUAUAAUCAGGGUGUCCCGAACCGCGCGACUUGUAUGCAUAUGCAUCUCAAUCAAUUAGUGUCUCACUUUGUGGAUAUCUUGCCCAUCUGUCUCUGCUCAUCGUCGCGAGCGUUGCACCGAUGCUGCAGCCUACUUGACCUCACGGCAAGACUGGGACAAUGCGCCUGAACGGCCAAGAGAUUGAUAUAUGGAGUGAACGUUCUACAUUUAUAUACUCAGACAUGCUAUGCGCGCCAUCCGCGGACGACCGUUUGUGGAAGUCAGGGUGGGGGGUUGUAGGGUGAUGCCACUGCGACACGUCGCGGUGAAAUUGGGCCAGCAGCACUUAGGUAUUCAGGCCCGCAGAGAUACGUUCAGCUCCCUAGUUUGGACCUACUGUGAUGCGCUUCGUCUCAGCUCCAGUCCAUCCUCCCGUCCC